CGUUAGACUGAGUUCAACAAGGCAGUGCAAAAUUGGAAGGCAAAGUGGCUUUUGCCUCGCGUGAACAGUAGAGGUUGGAGAGGUAAAAACUUCGUCUCUCCAACGGCGAAAGCAUACGCCACGACGCAAAAACCGCGGGGAAAAGGAGGGGCAGCGCCGCACGCCGCGCAAGCGAGGAGGAAGGCGGAGCGAUAGGGGCGCCGGCCAGCCCAUCUGUGCCCGCCAGGGAGGAGCUCGACGGUAGAACGAGGCCUCGCCAGCGGAGCUCGAUUCGGUGGUGGCGGAGCUCGAAUCAGCGGCGGCGGAGCUUCAAUCGACGACGGUGGCCUGCACGGCGGCGGCAGCUGCGGCACGAGUGGGCGGAUCCCGGCCAGGUCCCUGGGCAACCUGGCGACGAGGCGGUCGAACUCGUCGGGGCAGUCGGACAGCGCAGGGGAAGGGGCGGAUCCCCAUUCCGUUGCCGUGCUCCACCGCUGCCGUAGCCCCAAGCGCUCCGGCUCCACUUGGAGACGACGACGCUGCCGGAAGCUUGGGUUCCGUCGUGGGCCAUGGACGUCGCUGCCGUCAUCGCCGCAGCGCCGUCGCCGCCCAGGCGCCCCGACCUCGCCGCGGCGAAGGCGCUCAUGCUCCUGGGCCUGGCCAGCCUGUGGGUCGGGUUCGCUGCGACGGGCGCGGCCGCCGUGACCGUCGCGGCCUACAGCUACGGCGAGGCGUCCCCGGUGUUCCGCGUGCUGGCCGAGACCACCGUCAGGGCCACGGUAUUGGCCCUGUUGCUAGGUUCCUUCGCCAUGGUUCUGGUCCGGCGCGCCGCCGUGUGCGACGCGGGGUUCAGGGAGGAGCUCAUCAGGCACGGGCAGAUCAUUGUGUGGGAAUCGGAGCGGGAGCGCGGAAUCGGGUGGCGGCGAGACACGGAUCCGGUCGAGCACGCGCCAUCUGAUCUGCUCCGCUGGCCGCUGCUCUGCUCUAGUCUGCAAUUGUUCUGUGGCCGGAGCUGCUCGAUCCGCGCAGGGAAGGGGCCGCGCCCGCCAGAGUUGAGGAGGGGGCCCACGCCGGUGGUGCGCACCCGCUGCAGUGCCGCACGCUCGAGCUCUGCUUCUCGCUACCGGCCGCGGCCUCGGCGGCCGCCGCGGUGGCGCAGGGGGCGGGCCCUCCCUUUGUCCCCGCAGUCACCAAGGCCGGCGAGCUGAGGACCACUGGCGAGCCCCACACCGUCGGGAGGAGGCAGUGGCGAGGCCUGCGGCGGAGCUCGCAGGCGCCCCGAAGCUCGCGCACGCCCCGGCGAGCACGGCUGGGGAGCAGGGAGCGGCCGGACGGAGGAGAGAGAGAGGGAGGAAAGAUUUGCCUCGGUAGAGAGAGGUGAUGCAGUUUUGGGUCACGGAGCGAGGCGGAGGCAAAAUGCCUAUCUCGUUUGCGCUGUUUGUUAGAGCCUGUUUUUCAAUGCAAAAGCACUGUGCAUAGCGCAUUUUUGCAUUUGCAUGUC